CAAACUUGGAUGUUUUCCGGUCCAAUAUACUACCACAUGCUUGGCGACUAUGUCCGCCCCUGUCCUCGCCAUGGUGAUGAUCAUAGCGUGGGAGAAGGGGAGAAGGAGGAGGAAGAGAAUGAUGAUCUUUCGUCAAAGUAUGGUAUGAGAUAUGGCUGGAGCAUUAUUGAUGAUGUCAAGAUUUCAACAUUCAUCGGACACACGUUGUCCGGGUCUCGUAGAGGGACCAUCUGCGUUAAUACCGCCGAGCCGCGUACUAUGCUCUUUGAGGGUCGGCGGUUCGCAAUAGGUCCGGAAGACUACGUGAAAGUAGUUGUUGGGAGAUUCGAUGCCUGUCCAUCUGACUACCUCCCAGCUGUUCUAUCACGUACCCGGUAUUCUGAUCGAAGAUCUACUAUUAUAAACGUACCAGCCUGUACAGAGACAGCUGACUUGUGUCGCAUUUUCACUUGGGCUAAGCUAUCAAUUGGUCAUACAUACAAUAACGAAGAAGAAGACGAUAAGGAAGAGGAGGAAGAGGAGCAUGAUGCUUCCAGUGGCGCUGCUGAGGUGGCUGAUGAGAUAUAUAACGCGGCGAGUGAGUGGUUCAACUCGUGGUUUGAGAAGUAUGAAGGUGGUGCGUCGUCACCAUCACCAUCGUCGUCAUCAUCAUCUACAGCGGCGUCGAGGGUCCUCACUAAUACACCGUUCAGUAUGGAUGAUCGCAAGAGGAGUAGUGUCUCAGCAGACACUACAGCAUCUAGGGGAACGAGCGAUGAUGGAGAAAACUAUAGGUUGGCAUCCAUCAGUACACCAAUGAGCGUUGCAGCGGCCCCCUUGAAAGGGCUGGACAGAACGGCGAGUGGGAAGCUGAGGAAUCUUAUGGAUACUCUUACUGAUAUAUCGAUACAUGAUAUCACUCCUCGUAUGGGACCGGAGGCUCUCGAUACUAACACAUGCAUAGGUUUUGCACUUGAAAGGGAAGUUCCCACAGAGUCACCCAACCACCCGGUUUCUGGUGAUCAUGAUGACCUAAGUCAGUCCAGGGAUGAGGAAGAGGAGGAGGAGGAGGAGGAGGAGACGCCUUCUAUUGUAAUUUCUAAGGCGCCUACUAUAAUAUACCAAAUUGAAGAUGGAAGUGAUUCUCCUACUGCUACUGAUUCUACCGAGCAUGAGCCUGCCUGUACAGAGACGAUACAUUUAGGGCCGAGUGAACGCUGUGAGUCGCAAGCAACGAAAUGUGAGGCGUUGGCAAUCCCGAGGGAGAGCGCGGGGGUAUUGGCUUUGAGGGCUAUCGAUAGCAUUCACAUGGGGCUGUCUUUGUAUCGAUGAUUAAUGCUGCGUACUACUACUACUACUACUACUACUAGUGUGAUAACGCUUCUGCACUUGUGGCAAGAACUCUACUGUUAUUACCGCUCUGGUACUGUGCUCUCCAAAGCGUCUGUCACGGUUAACAACAUGUUAUAUCAUAACCUAGGUGUGACGGAAUAAUGUUAUGGAUUUUCCUCAACUGGUAGUCAACAGGAAUGUACAUUCACUGGUCACACUGGUCCUCCUCCUAGUAGUAGUAAGUGAUCCUGGUCUGAUUUACCGUCAUAGUCUCUGGGACGAUGUAAAGACACGUAUUGGACCCGUUGAAGGACCGUCAAGUCAAUAACGACUUCUUAUUGUUUAACCUGAACUACAUUGUUGUUACGCAUAAAGCACUGCACAGACUGCUGCUAUCACUAUUACUGUUGUUUUUCUCCUGUUGCUGCUACUGCUACUAUUCUAUGGCUGUUAUUGAUAUGAUGAGUAGCGGUUAGUAUCGUUGUUGUUGUUAUAGAGCUGAGAACCGCUCACCUUAUG